ACAAUUUAACCCAUAUCCCAUAGUCGCCUUCUACGACACCCACGGGAAGAAAGGGGGUGGUGAAAUUCUUAACCCGUCACCACACAUGCCCACAAUAUAGAUAUAUUAUCAAUAUAGAUAUUAUUUAAUACGUGGCGCUAAAAAAUCGAGUAAAAUCUUUACCCAGCCCCCAACCCUUUGAUCCUUAAACAACAGUACUGAUACAAGGACACAAGAUGUAAAUUCCUUCAGCAACACGCAUCGUUCAGGAUGCGUUCCGCCGCUCCGCCGCGUAUAAAAACGCGGGCCGCCUGCAAUCCUCACACUUCGUCUAACGAACAAAAUGAACACCUACGUUGCUUUGACUUGCCUGCUGGCCGUGGUUGGCAUGAGCCAUGGUGGAGCCAUCGGGGCUGCGGGUCUCGGCUAUGGUCUGGGCGGUUUAGGUCUGGGAGGCCUCGGCUGGGGCGCGCCCAUCGUCAGCGCUCCGAUCCUGGCUCCCGCCGUCUCCACCGCCAACCUCAUCAAGGCCGCCCCCAUCCCCGUCAUCAAGACCGUCUCUGCUCCCAUCAUCUCCAGCCCCGUGAUCAGCACCGUCGGUCUCGGCGGCUGGGGCGGUCUCGGCUGGGGCGGUCUCGGCUGGGGCGGUCUGGGCGUCGGCGGUCUCGGCAAGGGCGUGUGGUCCGGCGUACCCGUCAACUCGUGGGGCUACGGUCUCGGAGGCAAGGGCCUCGGUUGGCAUUAAAUGAAGACGAAGUGUUUCUUUCUAUCUCUCUUCGCCGCCACACUUUAAUAAAGCAUUCACUGUA